UAAAAACAUUAAAGUCAAUUAUUCAACAAAUUUAAAUAGAAUAUUUUAAAUUUGAAUAAAAAGAAAGAAAAAGAAAAUCACUUAACUAACUUGUCCCUAUGUAUGAACCAACCACAUAGGAUAUUGGAAUGUUCUUCACCUUCAAACGCAUAACUACGAAACAAAGUUUCAUUCUUCACUCAGUUCUUUUCUUCCAUCACACAGAUACCCUUUCUCUCUUUUCUUCUUUCUCUUUCUCUUUCUCUCUCACCCGAAACCAUGGAUAUCUUCCGCAAUGAUCAAGAACACGACCUCCCAUAUGUUCCAAACAGUGACGAUUCAGACAACGGCACCAACGAAAACAAAAAGAUACUCUACAUAUCCAUGGUUUCCUUCACGCUUGUCUUGUUCCUCGUCUUCUCCCUCUACGUCUACGCGCGCUGCAUGCUCACGCGCCGAUCUCGCCACCGUGCCUCCGUUCGCCGACUCAACCUUGCAGCCCUUCAUGUCUCCGACAUGGACGCUGCAAACCGCAGGAUCGAACCAGCAAAUACAGGACUCGAUCCUGGCAUAGUAGCGUCGCUGCCAACGUUCACCGUGAAGGCAAAGGUUUUAAGAGAUAGUAGUGGUGGUGAUAAUAAUAACAGUGGCGGUGGUGGUGAUGCUUCAUCGGUAAUGGAGUGUGUUGUAUGCUUGAAUGUUCUGGAAAGCGAAGAAAAAGUGAAGCUGCUACCGAACUGUAACCACUUUUUUCAUGUGAGUUGUAUUGACAUGUGGCUUGGUUCUCACUCUACGUGCCCUCUUUGUCGGUCCGAGGUUAAACCUCGGAUCCAACCACAUGAUCGUGAAGGUCCUGUUAGUCUUGCUCUUGAUGAUGCACCACCUCCUAUGAUUGAUGAUGGUGUUGGUAAUGGUGAAUCUUUCAAAGGUAAUGGUUCGAAUUCACGGUUGAGCUCUUUCAGAAGGAUGCUUAGCAGGGAAAGAUCUUCCAGAAGAGUCCAACCAAAUGGUCAUGAUGAGGAUGAUGGUGUUGAUCAUGAUUUGGAGAGACAAUGAGUUUAUGGUAGGUUGUCCUCAUAAUCUGUGUUCUUAGUUUUCUUGUCAGUGAUGCACAUACAGAAGGAGAAAUAUACAAAUACUUGUUCUUAAAUUGGAGUUCUUUUUCUGUAUUGAUCUUUAAUUGAAAUUCGAACUCCAUGUUUUUGUGAAGUAUACAUGUAAAAGUUUGUAUGAAACACUCCAACACAGGUUAAUAAGAUGAACUCGUAUAUAUAUCUUGCAAAACAUCAGAAAAACACUUUAGAAAAGGUAUUAAGUAUUUUCUUUUAGUUAAUUUACUUUUCACCCGUUAUUAGUUAAAGUUGAAGAGAUUUGGUGUUGAAUCACCAACUUGUAGAUUGUCUGUAUUACUGAAAACUAUAGAGUAGACCAUGUAAGCUUCUUUUGGCUUUUGGUUUUAGGAAGUGAGUGGUUAAUUUAUUUCUUUUUUUGGGAAAUUGUUCAAGAUUCUGAACUUUUAGCUUUGAUAUUUGAUAUUGGAGGGGUUUCAUUCUAUGAGAAUCAAACCAUGAAUCUAAAGCUGAAUCUGUGAGAUUGAUUAUAUUUUUGCCUAAAAUGUCUCAACAUAUACACUAUAAUUUUCAAUGUUACCAAAGGUUGAAAGCUUGUAACAGUUAUUUCCACGCAACUUGCUACAACCAAAUUCCCAAUAUCUCUUUUAUCACAAACAUGACUUUGUUUGCUUAGAUGUUGAAUAAAUAUUAUAAUAAAAUAUAUUUCUCCAAACCUUAUAACAUGUUCACACUUAGGUUGACGACUAUUGAGGCAGAAUUUUCUCAAAGAAAACGAUAGACAGAUUUUUCAGGAUUGAAUGUCUUAACGAAUAUAAUGUUAUGUAUCACAUGGUCAUACAAAAACUGGCAUCAUCAUAUACCUAUUUCAAGAAUUAAUUUGUAGAAGUCAAGGAGGGACCACCUCAUGCAAAGCAAUUUUCAAUAUAAUUAUAUCACUCUUAACACGUUAUUUGUUAGUUUCCUCUGUUUUUCUUCGUGACAGUUUCCAGUUUAAUCUCACAUUUCGUUUUCUCUUCUUAUCUCUAUUUUAAUUAUGUAUGCUUUUAUUCAAUUUUAUCAAACAAAAGUAAUACUUGUUGAUGGGUUUCCAAAAAAGCAUUACUAUUGAAAGAGAGUAUAUGA